CUUAGACCAGCGAGUUGCAGCGCAUACGCGUCCGGCGAGCGCGCCGAUAGGCGCUGCUCCCGGCGCUGCAGGGCCUUCUGCGGCGGGUGCGCCCGGGCCAUCGCGUCGGCCGGCCAGCAGGGCGCGCGCGAGAGAUGUUUCACAUCCGUAUAGACGUCAGUCUGCAGCUGAGAGCUCCGCGCCAGCGAUGACCAGAGCGACGAGUACGCAGAGCGCAGGCGGGGUGGUUGCUGCUGUUCAUGCGCACCACCACCAGCCCGCGACGGCGACGCCGUCGCAGCCGCAGAGGCAGAGUCUUCGUUUGAGAACCGCGGCCGAGGAAGUGUUUCGGAAUCUUGGCCCAAGUCGUUCAAUUCCUUGUCCUGGACAAACGGGGCGUCAAGAGCAAGAGCAAGUACGUGCGAGAGCCAGCGUGCCGCCAUCGGCGACGUCCACCACGAGUCCUCAAGCCACGGUCGGAGUGGAGGCAGGAGGGUCAGGUGGUGUCGCCGGUGCUGCUGCCGCCUCGAGCUUGCGUCGCUUUGUUAUACGGACGGACGUGCACUUCGAUGAGGGUGCCGGGCUGAUGACGGCGAUGCUGGAAUUGCCGGGCAUAAAGAAGUCGGACUUGUCGCUGGUCAUCUCGACCUGUCCGUACACCCGGGUCAGGCAGCUCACCGUCGCCGGGCGCAACCAAUCUGUGUGGCCUGAAGGGUCGCUGGGGUGGACUGUCCGGGAGAGGAAAUUUGGAACGUUCUCGAGGAUGAUCGUUGUGCCGCCCGAGACAAGGGCGGAUACAGUCGCCGCCGAGAUGAGGGACGGGAUACUGACUCUCAGGAUACCAAUCGGACAACCGAUGCCUCGCGAACGCCCAACCGCCAUUCCUAUCGCUUAAAGCUUGACGAGACGUUGCGACCAGGACGGUCGUCGUUAUCCAUAUACCAUACGGACCCCGCUCAUAUUCUUGCACUUCGCUUUGACCCUGCUGUGAUUCGGAUUGCAUAUCCCCCCUUCAAAAAAACCCCAAUCGUACCACGACCGGCGGCUUCUGCGCGCUGCUAAUGUUCGCUUUCGUCUUUGCUCGCCUC